AUGGUGAUGAACAGUCAAAUGGGAGAGAGAAUUACCAACAAUGCACAACAACCAAUGAGUGCAUGCUCUCAAAAUUCUAAUUCAUAUAGAGGACAGAGUGGUUAUGGACAAUCCACUGGUCAAUCACAAAUGAUCAAACGUCAACAACAACAAUCAAGACCAAUACAAGCUUACUUCCCACCACAAGGUCAUCAACAAUAUGGAAAUCCUGAACAACACCCAGUUUAUGAACCACCUCAAUAUUACGAUAACAUAGGAUGGGGUGAAAAUGUACCAGACAGUUAUGAGCCUGUUGGUGGGCCAUAUGCAUAUGAUGAGUACGCUGAAGAACAGGAUAUGGGUGGUGAUGAUAAUAUAGAGAAACGUGAAGUGAAAUAA